AUGCUGUCCUCGAUUUCCACGUUCUUUGCCAUUGGUCUUCUUGCUUCAUCUUUCCUCCAUUCUCUGUUCGCGGCGUCCCUCUCUCUUCAAGAGCGAGAUGAAGGUGGCACGCUUCCUGAAGAGGGCACAAAGUGGACCGAUUCCAACGUAGACCCGCCCACACAUCUCUUUGCUAUCAACUAUGGCGACUGCGACUUUCAGGUCAGCUUCCAGCGGGCCGGCAACGACGACGUGUACGACUACCAGAUUCAUGCCCAGUUCCCAAACGUAGCCGACCCCAGCAGCAGUCUGCCGACCAAAUACAGCGUGCGAGACGGCAGACUGGCCGUCGUGUCGCUCAGGGCAGCCGACGACUCGCGAAACACAUACCAGAUCAGCGAGACGGCCAGGUUCGUCCCCUCGCUCACCCCUGUCGACGUGUGGGCAUGCAGGGACGGAGGCUCAAAUCAAGCCAUCCUUGCGCAGUCUUUCCGAAUCUCGGCCACGGCGAGGGGCAAGGAAACGUGGUGGUCUCCCACCAUCAAUGUCACCCCGGGUCUGCCUCCGUCACCGGUGACGGGACUGGCGGGCAAGCGGGGAGGGACGAUCACCUGGACGUCGCCUCCAGAGCUGGCCGUUUCCGAUGUCGACGGCUACUUUGUCCUCUUCCGUGCAGUAAAACGGCAUGACGUGGAGACGUUCUUUGCCGAUGAGGAUGCACGAUCAUUCCCGCUCAACAGGGACCUCCCUGGCAAUAUCUCAGUCGUACCCUAUCUCAGAAACGGGGCUGUUCCCGAGACUGGCAGGAAUGCUCAGAUCUACCUCUCCUGA